AUGUGCAACAAGCCAUAAGAGAAAAAAUCUGUAUAUUAUCAUGGGGAGGAUGUUUGUUUAGGCUAAUUUAUAAUAUUGAAAAUAGCUAAUAAGGAUACCAAAUGUGAAAUCUGUCAUCUCAUGUUUCAUUUUAUUAUUUUGGAGAUAAAUAUAUUAGAAUAAGUGUUGAUUAGAAAAAUAGAAGUGGGAGAAUUAUAUCUACUAAUGAGCCUCUUUUAUUAUAAAAUUAGGUCUCAUAAAAGUUUUCCCUGUUUUCAAAUGAGGAUGAACGAAAAGAUUUUUGUAUUAAUCUUUUAUGUAGGAUUGCGAAUUUGGUAAUUUAACUAAUCUGGAAGAACCUCCAAUUUUUGCAACUAAACAAUAACACAUUAUGUUACUUAGACAAUAAAUUCACAUUCAACUUUCAAAAAACGUGCAGUUACAUUUAAGCUAUCAUAUUUGUGUGUAAAUUUAGUGAUGAAGCCAAAUUGA